AUGCCAGUCUCCAAUUCUGCAUUCCAAGGACAUCAUCGUCGUCAGUCGUCCACGACGACCGCUAUUCCUUCCAUCUCAACGCUCCCUGCCCCGACUCCCUCCUCUUCUUCCUCCAUUCAGCAACCUAAGAGGGACCGGAAUGCCCAUCACUCCCGGGCCACUUCCUGGACGUCUGGUCACGAUCAAGGUCCCGAACCCUCCCCCGUCUUCCCCUCUUCCUCCUCUCGCCGUCGCGGGAACUCCAACGUCUCCCUGGCGCAAGUCUCCGAGGGCUCCUCCGGCCGAUACGAAGACGACGACGACGACGACUUCCACUUCCCGGACGACGCCGGUAACAAUAUGAACCUCAAAAGUACCUCCUUCGAGUGGCAGGGCCACGCCCGCAGUCGCUCCGGCCACUCCAUCUCCCGGCAUCUGUCGUCCUUCCCGUCCGAUCCCUCCCCGCAACCCCGGCCCGGCCCCGUGACCUGGAUGUCACUGCCCCGGAAGCAACAGCUGGGGAUCUUGGGUCUCUGUCGCGUCUUCGAUUUCCUGCAGGUCGCCUCCCUGCAGGCUUACAUGUUCUACCAGCUCAAAUCCUUCGACGAGACCCUCUCCGACUCCGACGUCGCGACCCAGGCUGGUAUCCUCCAGGGCGCCUUUACCGCCGCCCAGUUCGCGACGGCCAUCCCUUGGGGACGUGUUGCCGACGCCGAAUGGGGCGGUCGCAAGUUCGUGCUGCUGGUCGGCUUGUUGGGCACUGCGCUGUCGUGUUUGGGAGUUGCUUUUUCGACGUCGUUCGCGCAGGCCGUGUUCUGGCGCUCGUUUGGCGGUGCUAUCAAUGGUACUGUUGGUAUUAUUCGGACUUCUAUCGCGGAGAAUGUCAAGGAGAAGAAAUAUCAUUCGCGCGCGUUUCUCAUUCUCCCAAUUGGGUUUAACAUUGCUUCACUGUUUGGUCCGGUCAUGGGCGGCAUGCUCGCUGAUCCCGUCCGCGCCUAUCCCACCCUGUUCGGCCCCAAUUCGUCUUUUGGCGGCCAGACCGGCGUCGAGUGGCUGACGCGCUAUCCGUACGCCUUGCCCAUGUUCGCCAAUGCCAUCUUCUUGAGUGUCACGGCGGUCUUGGUCGGCAUGUAUUUCGAAGAGACCCUCGAUGCGUGCAAAGGCAAGCCCGGCCUGGGCACCUUUACCCUCCGACUCGUCGCCAAGGUCGUCCGCGCCACCGUCCCGUCGUCAUCCCCCCUGCACCAACGGCUCCCCUUCGCCGACUACGACGAAGAGGGCCCAUUGCUACACCGACAUCGCGAGUCCGAGAGCUACGAGCUCGAGGAAAAGGCCGCACGGCCCACAGCACGCGCCGCGCGCAUCCUCCCCUUCCGACGACUGUGGACCAAGAACGUGCUCUGCACGCUCCUGGCACAAGCCUUCUUCGACUUCCAGAUGGGCGCCUUCAACAACCUCUGGCUACUCUUCCUCUCGACCCCGCGAUACGACGCAGCCGACCCGGCGGCGCCCGCGCGCCGACUGCCCUUUAUCUUCACGGGCGGCCUCGGCAUGCUACCGCAGAGCGUCGGCUUCGCGACGGCCAUCCUCGGCGUCAUCGGCAUGCUACUGCAAUUCACCAUCUACCCGACGAUCAACGGCCGGCUGGGCACAGCCAAGAGCUACCAGUACUUCCUGACUCUAUUCCCGCUAGCCUACGCCUUCGCGCCGUACAUCGCACUGGCGCCGUCGUCGACCCCGCCCCCGGGCCAAGCCAACGGCAUCUGGGUCUGGUUUUCUAUUGUUGUUGUGCUGUUCUUGCAGGUCACGGCCCGUACCUUCACACUCCCCACCUCCAUCAUCCUUCUUAAUAACUGCUCGCCGCAUCCGUCCGUGCUGGGCACCAUCCACGGCAUCGGCCAGUCCGUGUCCUCGGCGUUCCGCACGGUGGGACCUAUCUUCUCUGGUGGGUGGUACGGCUACGGGCUGGAGAUGGGCAUGGUCGGGUUCGCGUGGUGGCUGGUCGCGCUGGUCUCGGCCAUGGGGUGCGUCGCUGCUGUUUUUGUGUACGAGGGGUCAGGGCAUGAGAUUUUACUCCCUGGGGAGACGUAUGACUAG